AUGAACGAAAUUGUGCAACUGGGGACGGUACCCCAGUCAAAGUUACCAACCAGCACGUACGAUACAGCGUCGUCGUACUUUGAAGCUCUGGCAGAGCUACACAUUUCGCACCUUAUAAGCCAGAGGAAUGAUUCUAUUGACUCGGAGGAUGACUGCCAACGUAAAUUUGUGGCAAGAUAUCUCUUCCGAAAGCCUGUUCAGGAUAAGAAGCUCAGAAACAAAUGGGGAUCCGUAUCCUAUGAGACUGGGCCAUUCCCACUUUGGUGUGACGAUUUCCGACCAGAAAAUGUUUUGGUCAAUGAUGAAACUAUCGCCGGGGUGGUAGACUGGGAGUUUACAUAUACCGCCCCCGUCGAAUUCACCCAUGCACCGCCUUGGUGGCUUCUUCUCGAAAAGCCGGAAUACUGGCCUAAGGGUCUUGAUGACUGGUGUACCGAGUACGAAAAAGCGCUGCAGACAUUUCUCAAGGCGAUGAUCAAUUGCGAAGAGGAGGCUAUUCGGACUGGUCGGAUAGUAGAGAGUCAGCGCCUUUCUGGUCCGAUGCGAAAGAGUUGGGAGAGAGGGGACUUUUGGAUUGUGUAUGCUGCAAGGAAUAAUUUCGCUUUCGAUGCGAUAUAUUGGCAGAAGAUUGACCAGCGAUUUUUCGGGACUACAUGUCUUGACCUCGACGAGAUUUGGAAGCAGAGACUUGAUAUGUUGGAACCUGGAGAAAAGCAAGAUCUGGAGAAAUAUUAUGGCCGAGUGGUUAAGGCGCAGCACUCGAAUCAAUACAUUCCCGAUAUGCUGUUCAUUCGUGAACCUAGGGUGAUAGUUCAGCUCCACGGCCGUGAAAAACUUGCCCAACAGAACCCUGGUGCAAAGGACGAUAUUGCCGUGGCCCACGCAGGCGGCUGGGAUGACUUUUCGAACAAUCUCGCGACCGACCUCGCGCCAUUUCUCUCUCUCUUUGGUGAGCAGAUCACGAAACAGUACCUUAGUGAGAGUACCAAUGUAGUUGAUUACUUUAUCUUUGCCAUGGCCCCCAUGGGCAUCUUGACAGGGGUGGUCUCUGCAAUUCGAGUGUGCGGACACCCGUCACUACGCGCCUUUAUCGGCAGAGCUCAAGAAGGAGCAGGCAACGCGGAGGCAGAGCUAUGCACCUCGACAAGCCGGGAUGUAUGUGAGCUCUAUAAUAGUGGUGGUAUUGCGCGCGUCUUUGGCCGUCCAAAAAUUCUCGAGGUUGUCCACGACCCGGAUCAUGAUUUCAGCGAUCCACAAGACGACACAGCCGGUAUAUACACGUUUCAGCAAUACCUUGAACGAGAUAAAGGCAAGGCACUAUGGCGAAAAGAAACACCCAAUAACAGCAUCGCACUAUGGAAAAACAAAGUCAUGGCGCUGUGGGGAGCGAAAAAAACAGUGGAGAAGAAGCCUGACCCUGAGUCUGCCCCCAAAUCGCAUUCGCAUACAUCUUUUACGACAUUUGCUCCGAACCUCUCCCUUAACAUUGGAAUCAAGAAACAAUCGAAGCAUGUCUUCUACGCAAUAGCUCUUCUUGGUCUUGUUCUGCAAGUUGGAGUUUUGGUUUUCGCUGGCUUUGCGACGUAUUACCUGAGAUGGGGCAACGAUCACAAGCCCCCAGAAUCUUAUGCAUGCCCCCUUGUUAUCAUCGGGACUGUUCUAGUCUGUGGUGGAAUGUUUCAUUGCGCAUUUCUCAUUGGCCAGAGCACUGACGAGGAUGUCUGGUGCCGGCAAGAAAAUAUCCCCGACAAAUCAUCUAUGUAUUGGAUACAGCCCGGCGGUCAAAUCAUUGGCGAUCAAACAUUUGAUGCUUUUUCGCACACGGUCUCUGGCGAUAAACUCAAGAAAUACAUAACCUCGAAGAGGAAGAACGUGUCCAAUGAAUCGAAGCUUGGAGUUUGGGUAGCCAUUGGGACCACGAUCUCUGGCUUUGUCUUACAAUUUACCGGCCUCAGAGGUAUACAUUCAUCGGUCUCUGUCGCUCAGUUAGGCGUGAUCAUGGUUAUGAGUAUAGCUCGGGCUAUGCUCCGUAUGCAGCGACUGGAGCCCAAGGACGAUUGUUUCGCCACAUUUCCGGACGAGGUCAUUGGCCACGAACUCGACUGGCUCGCCUUGCGCAUUGGCCUUGAUCUCCUUGAAAAGCCCAUCAGAAACCGGGAUCCAACCUUGCGGAUCCUAUCAUCUACUCCGACAAGCCCCGGUGAUCAAUAUCGGUCCUUCUGGAGACUCCGUGGUGCAUCUGACAAGAACAGACUAAGCACCGAGAAACCGUCUUCUAUCGAUCGUUGGAAUGUUGCUGCUAUAUUGUUGGCAUAUCGAACCCGGCUUGCGGCGCUCACGGAUCAAUCUACGUCAUCCACCGCCCCCGCGAGGGAAUUCAAGAGUGAAAUGGUGCAGGUCCGAAGCGAGAGUCGACAGAUAGCUGCGCUGAUUGAGGCUACCAUCAAAACAGUUCUUUCGAAGGCCAAGAUCAAGAAGGAGUGGGAGACAGCCUCAUCUAUCUUCUGGGGCAUCGAUUGCGCUCUUGGCAACCAAACCAAUGAACGCCUGAUACUCAAGUCGCCCACAAUUUACAAGGAAUCCGCCCGCCAGACGCACACAAUUUACUUGGAAUUCGCCCAAGAUUUCGCCGCCCCAUGA